AUGACGUGUGAGGCGACUGAGUGCCGAUGGGCUUACGCAGUCCAAGAACCGGGAACUAGUCGCCUGCUGAUUUACGACGGUAAACCGCCGGCCGCCUCACGUGAUGGCGGCGCAUCGCCACUGGCUCUGGUGGCAUGGGCGAACUUCCGCGACGACAUACAGAACAGCGGAUGGGGCUACCUUGAGGUCGAAUCGAGCCCCAACACAACGGACGAUGUGCAGGCGUACGCUGCCGGCGCCCUAGAAGGGUAUCUGACGCACCAUCUCAUGGAGGCCCAGUGGAAGAACAUGUUCGCCCACUACUGCGACUACCAGAUGAAUUAUUGCGCAAUACUGUUCGACGUCCUGAAGAAAAAUCUAGUUUACUCGUACUUCAAUGAGAAACGCUUAAGAGCCAGUGACCCUUACUGGAACAUGGUUCACCUCCAAAUGAGGCAGCUUCAUGGCUUGAGUGACGCCUUCGAGAACGUCACGCUUGACCCGUCACGAGGAUACACAAAUGAUACCAGAGCUUGGUUCUUAAAUCUUGACGGUGAUUUGCUUGACCUUGAAGCAGCGUUCAAACGCCCUCGUGAUAUGUACGCUCUCAACCUGGUGCCAGCAUGUACGGCGCUGGUCAAAGUGGUCGGUGACAACAAGGACCUUUACAUCGGCCACGACUCUUGGUACCUGUAUAAAAGCAUGCUGCGAAUUCAGAAGAAGUAUACAUUUCCCUGGCACUACGCACCUGGCAUUACGGGACCAGAUGGUAUAAUUCCUGGCCACACGAUAACCAUGUCUUCCUAUGCCGGAAAGCUGGUUUCCUUGGACGACUUCUACCUGACGUCAGCUGGACUGGCUAUCACUGAGACGUCCCUUGUGAACAACAACCCUCACUUGUGGAAGCUGAUUGACCCAGCAGCGGCACCAUUUACUUGGGUGCGUGCCAUGGUGGCGACGAGGCUGGCCACAUCUGGACGAGAGUGGGCUGACAUAUUCGGGAAGAAAAAUAGCGGCACGUACAACAACCAGUGGAUGGUUCUUGAUUACAAGCUGUUCAAGCCUGGAACUGCCAUUGCUAAUGACACGUUGUGGGUCCUCGAACAAAUGCCAGGCAUAAUGCGUCAGCGAGACGUCAGUGACAUUCUUCGUAAGCAGAGCUACUGGCCAAGCUACAAUGUCGCCUACUUCGAUGACAUAUUCAAGAUCAGUAAUCAAACAGCACUUGUAGAAAAAUAUGGAGACUACUACAGCUAUGACAAGUCACCCAGGGCGAAUAUCUUCAGGAGAGACCACGUCAAUGUCACGGAUCCUGCCUCCAUGACGAGGCUUAUGAGGUACAAUGAUUACACCAACGACCCCUUCUCACGGUGCAACUGCACUCCGCCGUACAACCCAGUGUACGCCAUAGCAUCCCGCUACGACCUGCUUGACCCGAAAGGAAAGUACGACAUUCCCAGAAUGUACCGGCGACCUGUCGGUGGCAUCGAUAUGAAGUUUACGACGUAUGACAAGUUCAAAAGUUUGCAGUUCGUCGCAAUCAGUGGGCCUACCGAUUACUCGCUGCCUGCUUUUAAGUGGAGCACAAGUGGUUUCAACGACAGCCACGUCGGGCAUCCGGAUCGGUGGCAAUUCGGUCCCGUGGAGAAUGUCUGGGGAUCCUGCACGUAGUGUGGUCGUACUAAUCAAAAUAAAUAAACAGUCGAUAUCUCUGAUGACUAGGAAAACGUUCCUAGUGUUCGCAGCGAUUACCA